AUGAAGAAGAGCUUUGUUUAUAAUAACAACUUUUCUUCUUUGGUAGUUAUAAUCAUUAUCAUUGGGAUGUGUUCUGUUACUGCAAGAUCCCAACUAACCACAGAUUUCUACUACAAAACCUGCCCAAAACUAGGCAUGAUCGUCCGGAAAGGCCUCUUUAACGCACUCAAGACCGAAAUGCGUAUGGCUGCCUCUUUGAUUCGCCUUCACUUCCACGACUGCUUUGUAAAUGGUUGCGAUGCAUCGCUUUUGUUGGACGGAGAAGAUAGCGAGAAAUUAGCCGGUCCAAAUCUGAAUUCAGCAAGAGGCUUCGAAGUAAUUGAUACAAUCAAAAGCGCUGUGGAAAGCGAGUGCAGUGGAGUUGUAUCUUGUGCUGAUAUACUGGCCUUGGCUGCUAGAGACUCUGUCCUUUUAAGUGGAGGACGUUCAUGGAGGGUUUUACUGGGAAGAAGAGAUGGACUGGUGGCAAACAAGACAGGAGCCAAUAUUUUGCUUCCUUCUCCAUUUGACAGCCUAGAAACCAUUAUCACCAAGUUCCUCAACCCAGGCCUAAACAUCACAGAUGUUGUGGCUUUAUCAGGGGCUCAUACAAUUGGACAGGCAAAGUGUGCAUUUUUCAACAACAGAUUGUUCAACUUCAGCGGGACAGGCGCCGGGGACCCUACGCUGGAGACGACCAUGUUAAAUGAUUUGCAAAGCUUGUGCCCUCUCAACGAAGACGGCAACAAGACUACCGCCCUCGACCGGAACUCCACCGAUCUCUUUGACAACCAUUACUUCACGAACUUGCUGGUGGGAAAGGGUCUUCUAAGCUCCGACCAAAUUCUGUUUUCUAGCGCAGCAGCUGUUAAUACCACCAAAAGUCUGGUCGAGAGCUAUAGUACUAAUCCGGAUCUUUUUCUUGAAGACUUUGUGAAUUCUAUGCGUAAGAUGGGAAAUAUUAGUCCCCUUACUGGCUCUGCUGGAGAGAUUCGGAAGAACUGCAGGGUUGUUAAUUCAGCAUGA